UUGGGCAGCGCGGUGACAAAUCGGCUGGGCACAGCCAGGGGUCGGGUCCUGGGAGGAAGCGGAGGAGAGGGUGGGGCAGGUUUGGGAGCGGCAGGACCCGGAGUGGACGGCCGAGGCGGCGCGGGACGGGUCCCUCCCGGCUUGUUAAGUGGGUCUGCUGUCCGAGUGGCACCCCCUCAGAAGACCAGCAGGAUGGCUGCCAACAAGAGCAAGGGCCAGAGUUCCUUGGCGCUGCACAAAGUGAUCAUGGUUGGCAGUGGUGGGGUUGGAAAGUCGGCCCUGACACUGCAGUUCAUGUACGAUGAGUUUGUAGAAGACUAUGAGCCUACCAAAGCUGACAGUUACAGGAAGAAAGUGGUUCUCGAUGGAGAAGAAGUUCAGAUUGACAUUCUGGACACAGCCGGUCAAGAGGACUAUGCAGCUAUUCGAGACAACUACUUCCGGAGUGGGGAAGGGUUUCUCCUCGUCUUCUCCAUCACCGAACAUGAAUCAUUUACAGCAACCGCGGAAUUCAGGGAACAGAUCCUACGUGUUAAGGCUGAAGAAGAUAAAAUUCCAUUGCUUGUUGUGGGAAACAAGUCUGACUUGGAGGAGCGGAGACAGGUGCCCAUCGAGGAGGCAAGGAGCAAAGCAGAGGAGUGGGGUGUGCAGUAUGUGGAGACAUCGGCCAAGACGCGGGCCAACGUGGACAAGGUAUUCUUUGACCUCAUGAGAGAAAUCAGGGCCAAGAAGGUGUUGGAAAACAAAGACAAGAACGGCAAAAAAAGCAGCAAGAACAAGAAAAGUUUGAAAGAGCGAUGUUGCUUACUGUGAUGGCCUCUGGUGGAGGGUGACGUCUGCGCCGCUAAGGAUACGGGGAGGGUCCCAGCCCAGACUGUGCCCCCCACCCUCCCCGUCUUGCUCACUCCGCUUCUCCUCUGCGGAAGAGAGCCGGGGGUCCGUGGCAGGCCGCAGAAACCAGCCCUUGGCCACUCUGCCCGGAGGCUCGGGGUUCCCUCUUGCCCACCCUCCCUCCUUUCUUCUCUCCCAAAGCUGACCAAGUAUGUAGUGCUGUAGGGAGGAAAUAAUCAAGUGUGAGUCCAAGAGAGCGUGUGGCCACGGCUCAUUCCACCUCCGUCUUACUGCACUGCCUUCUCUUGUUCUGAAAUUAAAAUGUCUUAUUUUGCUGGGGUAUUUUUUUUGAUAGGGAGGAAAUAAGAUUCUCCUAACCCUUAUCAUACAUACUCAGAAAAAAAAUGAUUAAGUUCUAAUUCUAAAAAGAUUUUUU